AAGCUAGGUCACUUGCAUUUGGGAAUCCAUCUGACACACCAGAGCCGCGGGUGGCUGGGCACCGCAGGGAUGUACUUCAGCUGGGCUGCAGGAAGGCAGCCUCAGCUCCAGAAGGCAGGAACCCGCAAUAAACUCUUGAAGGCGGCCAGCGGGGAACGCCACUCGCUGCUACUGUUCAGCAACCACAGGGUGUAUUCCUGCGGGGACAACAGCUGGGGCCAGCUGGGCCAGAGGAGAGAGCAGAGUACCGAACAGCCAGAACCAAUUACGGCACUGGAUUCUCUGCAGAUUGAACUGGUGAGCUGUGGGAAGGAGCACUCUGUGGCUGUCUGCCACAGAGGAAGGGUCUUCACAUGGGGAGCCGGUUCUGAAGGGCAGCUGGGCAUUGGAGAAUUUAAGGAAAUAAGUUUUAUGCCUACGAAAAUAAAAGCUCUGGCUGGCAUAAAAAUAAUUCAAGUUUCCUGUGGACACUACCACUCCUUGGCAUUAUCAGAAGAUGGCCACGUGUUUUCAUGGGGAAGUAACAGUCAAGGACAGCUGGGCCUGGGGAGGAAUUCCUGUUCCCAAGCUAUCCCACAGAAGGUGAAGUCUCUGGAGGGGAUCCCUCUGGCUCAGGUUGCUGCAGGUGGCACACACAGUUUUGCUCUGUCUCUCACUGGAACAUCAUUUGGCUGGGGGAACAACAGAUCUGGGCAGCUGGCUCUCAGUGGGAACACAAUUAAAGAGCAAAUCUACAAGCCUUAUUCAAUUGGUGCCCUGAAGAAUCUGAAUGUGGUUUAUAUUAGCUGUGGCUAUGAGCACACUGCAGUGCUUACCGAGGAUGGACAAGUGUUUACAUUUGGAGGCAAUAGCUCUGGACAACUACAGCACAGCCCCAGGAGUAGAAGAGGCCCACAACGUAUAGAAGGGAUUGGUGGCCCUGUUUCCCAGAUAGAGUGUGGAAGUUAUCACACCAUUGCAUAUGUCGGCACCACUGGUCAGGUGGUAUCUUUAGGCCAUGCACCAAGUCACACAAGCAACCCAAAUCAUCAGGAGGCUCCCGCAGAGAACUCUGGCAUUACCUACUUGCUAUCUGCAGAGGACCUUGUGGAUAUUAAAGUCAAAGACAUUUUUGCUGGAGCACACGCCAACUUUGUGACAACUCGUCAGUUAUCACAUACUAGGUCCACAAGUGUUUCCAAGAAAAUCCUGCCAGAAAUGAUCCGAAUCAACAAGUCUCUGGUAAAUAAAUGGAGAGCAGCAAAGAAAGGAAAGGAUCGGGAAGACGCCAAAAGAAAAAUCAGCUUGAUAUUUUCAUCUUCUGCUUGUUUGACUGCAAGCUUUUUGAAGAAAAGAGAUGCUGGAGAGAAUAAUUUCAUUGAUGUGGACUUAAAACUGGCAAGGGACAUCUUCAAGAAGUUAACAGCAGAGAAAUGGAUUUCUUCCUUGAUAACCACAUGUCUUGAGGAGGAUCUGCUCAGCAGUCUUCCAUAUAGAUCUUCACAUCAAGAAGCUCUAUUGGUUUUUCUUUUGCUCCCAGAAUGUUCCAUUAUGCAGGACCCUAAGAACGGGAAGACCCUGGCACUUGAAUUUGCAAAAGCUAUUCAUAAAAUGAAUGGAGCGCCAUUAGCAUUCCUGAGAAAGUGUUGGGCAUCUUUGGAAGUUUCUUCUCUGAACAUACUGGUCCAAAUGCUAAAGAACGCCAUUGUUUCUCAACUGCCUGGUGAAGUUCCAACAAUGCAGCAUAAGUCUAAUAUGAAAGUUCUUUUAGAAGUGAUAAAAGAAGUUCAUAAGGCUAACUGUCAACUUGCAGAAAAUGCCUUCAUCAUACCUGAGCUUUCUGGCAUCUUUAACUUCUAUACUGAGGAAGUAAGAAUGUUCAUACGGCAUAACAAUGUGUUAUCUAAAGAAUCCUUUGAUAUCGUUGUUUUCAGUGAUUUUUUAUUUAUCUUUGAUUUGCCAUCCAAAAUUUUAUUAAUGAACUGUGACUCAAAUGUAAAACUGCAGUCUGAAGCCAUGGCAUCUCCAGAAAAGAUAAAAUUCCCAUUCUUUAUACUGAGAGUCAGACGAAGUCACCUGGUAGAAGACACCUUGCGUCAAUUAAGACAAGAAGAAGACUUUAACCUCAAGAAGCCACUAUCGGUUGAAUUUAUUAGAGAAAUUCGUCCUGAAGGUUAUGGAGUGAGUUCAGAGUUCUUCCACUGUAUAUUUGAAGAGAUGACAAGCCCCCAAUACGGAAUGUUCAUGUAUCCUGAAGAGGGUUCCAACAUGUGGUUUCCAGCCACUCCCAAGUUUGAGAAGAGCAGCUAUUUCCUAUUUGGGAUCUUAUGUGGACUCUCCCUACGUAAUUUAAAGGUUAUCAACCUUCCUUUCCCACUUGCUUUAUAUAAAAAACUUUUGGACCAAAAACCAUCGUUGGAAGACUUAAAAGAACUUAGUCCUCUCUUGGGGAGGAAUUUGCAAGAAGUUCUAAAUUGCGGGGCUGAUGAUAUUGAAGAACUUCACAUGUAUUUUUCUAUAUACUGGGAUCAAGAAGAUGUUCAUUUGAUUACAGAUGGGAACUCUGUGCCUGUGAAUGAAAACAACAAGAGAGACUAUGUGUAUAAGUGUGUUGAUCACAUUUUUAACAUCUCUAUAAAAACGAUUUAUGAAGAAUUUCGUAGAGGAUUUUACAAAGUGUGUAACUGGGAUAUAAUUAGGCAGUUCCAGCCUGAAGAACUAAUGGAAGCAAUAAUUGGAAAUGCUAGUUGUGACUGGAAACAAUUUGAAAAUAAUUCAAAGUAUGAAAAUGGAUAUGAAAAAUCACACCCAACUAUUCUGCUGUUUUGGAAGGCUUUUCAUGAACUAACUUUGGAUGAAAAGAAAAAGUUCCUCUUGUUUCUUACAGGAAGUGAUAGGCUACAUGUGAAAGGCCUACAGUCUGAAGGGAUAGUGUUCCGGUGUCCUGAAGCCUUCAGUGAAAAUGAUAACCCAAGAUCAUUGACAUGUCACAGUAUUCUAGACCUGCCUAAGUAUUCCACAAUGAGAAGGAUGAAGGAAGCACUUCAGGUUGCAAUCAACAAUAACAAGGGAUUUGUUGGAUAGGAAUGAUGCAGAGACACUCACCUCCCAGCAGUUCACAGCUUCAAGAGUUAGGGUUUUCACUUUGGGAUACUUCAUUCUUUCCUUAAUCUAAGUAGGGACAAGAGGUUAAAAGAUUUUACUUUAGUUGCACAGUUUUUGAGAUAAAUAAGUUAUAAAUUAAUAUUUUUAGUGAGAAAAAAUCUGUAAAAUAUUAGCUGCAUUCUUAACCUUGCUAUUUUGUAAUGUUUGUCUUGGCUGAAAUAUUUUCUGAACAACAAUAUUCAUUUAAUAAUAUGCUAAAUAUUUAAAAUGUUCAGUACUGGGAGCUAGAGAGAGCGCUCAGUGGUUAAGAUCACUGACUGCUCUUCCAGAGGACCAGGGCUCAAUUCCCAACACCGACACGGCUCACAUCCCAUCGGUAACUCCAGUCCUAGGGGAUUUAACACUCUCCUUUGACCUCCAAGACACUCCAGGGAUAUGCUACACAGACUACAUGCUGACAAACAAUCAUAUACCUAAAUUAAAAUAAAAAAUGAAAUGAAAUAGUAUUUAAAGUGUUAUUGUACUAAUAAUAAACUAUUAGUUUGGAAGUGUUAAGAAACCAAGUUUUGAAAGCUUUCAACAUGUUUUUGAAGCAUAUAGAUGUAUAUUUUGUAUUAAGGAAUAUAUUUAGAGUUGUGAUUUUAGAAAAUGCUAAAUAAUUUAUUUUCAAUUUCUAAGUGUUGAUGUUUAUUACUCUUCAAAGACACUUAUACUUAGUACAGUGCUCCAAAUACAUUCUAAAUAUAGAUAGUGUUAUUUUAGUAAAAUACUGAAAACAAUUAGGAGCUCAUACAUACUUGUGGUUGACAAAAUGUGAAUAAGUUGAAAUAUAUCUUAUUAUGAUGCUAUAGAGUAAAUUAAUGAAGCAAUAUAACUGCUAUGGGAAAUAACCAAUACAUCUUAUACACUAGUUCUACCUAACGCUAAAACUUAAAUUGCAUUAUACAGCUUUGAAAUGAUUUCAUAAACUCAUAUAAUUUGUCUAAACAGUGACAUAUAUGCUACUGUAACAAUCACUCAUUGUAAAAGUUUCAUUUCUGUAAAGAUGUUGUAUCUUUAUAGACUUAUUAGACUUCACAUGUGGUGUGUUUACUGGACUCCAAAGUAACCAAAUAAACUAAUUAAAAAUA